AUGGUCCGAACAAAGCGCCAAAACACUCAACCUCUAGAGGACUCCUCUGUCUCCCCAGAAACAUUCACAGAUGGCCUUCCCCUACCCAAACUGAUCGCCUUCGAUCUGGACUACACUCUCUGGCCGUUCUGGGUAGACACGCACGUUAGCGCCCCCGUAAAGGCACGCGAUAACAACUCGCGCGCCGUAGAUCGGUAUGAUACCUGCUUCACCUUGACAAAUCCAACCCGGACCUCUAACACACUCAGAUGGGGAGAAUCAUUCGCUUUCUACCCCGCAGUCUCAUCUAUCGUCUAUGCCUGCAAACACCGCUCGAUCCCACUGGCCCUUGCGUCUCGUACCCAAGCCCCCGAUCUCGCGCGUGACAUGCUCAAAUCCUUACACAUUAUCCCUACUUUCUCCGAUAACCCUGCUGCGAAUGCGAAGACCAUUCGCGCGCUCGAUUACUUCGAUCAUAUCCAGAUCUUCCCUGGGAAUAAGACGUCGCACUUUGCGAAGAUUCAUCAGACGAGCGAGGUUGCGUAUGAGGAUAUGCUAUUCUUCGAUGAUGAGGCGCGGAAUCGGAAUGUGGAGACGGAGUUGGGGGUUACGUUUUGUCUGGUGCGGAAUGGGAUGACGAGGGAGGAGGUCGAUCGUGGGGUGAGGGCUUGGAGGAAGAGAAAUGGUAUUAAGCGGGAGACUGAAGAAGAAUAA